AUGAUGUGAGUCUCGGAGGGGACGGCGAAAUGGGAGAGGAGAACUGGAUCUGGAGAGGACUUAUUGCAGGAGAAACACGAUAGGAGUAGAUAAAGUGGCGGAGACGAGAAGCGUGGAGUUUCGGAUGCCCGGCGGCAGAAGCGUUCGCGCCGACAUCGAUCGGCUUUGCGUUCUGGGAAUGGUUAGGCAUCGGGAAAAACGUCGACCGCCUAAUGAAUUGCAGACGAAAUUCCCAAGUGUGAUCGACGUGACGCAAAUGGAAGAGUCGGCGAGCAAAGUUCUCGAGCAAUUGAUCACCGGAAACCGGAAGCAACGCGUCCGUCUCACUAUGAAUCAAGCCGCUGAAAUUGCCCACGUGGCGGUGACACUGAAAUUCGGAAAUCUGCUGAAACUCAUCGAGAAAGAACUCGUCAGACAGGCAUCCAUUUCGAUGGAAAACUCGGUCGACGGACUGUGUGUCGCUUUGCGAUUUGGAAUGAUGGAAGCUGUUGGGAAGCUGGUCGAUGACAUUGUGUUCAGUCAUUUGGACGAGAAUCUCUUGAUGUACUGCAAGAGUGCGAAGGCGCUUGAGAUGAUUACGGACAGGCGAGCACACGCGGAAUGUGCUCUGAUACAAAUUUAUUCAGAAAGUCAUCUCUUCUCGCCGACCAAGAAGCUCUGUCUCCUGCUCCAAUUCCGCUUCCAGUACACGAUAAUUUGUUCAAUUACGAACCGAUCGAACACUCGAAUUCCGAUCGCAACGUGGCAAUUCCACGUCAGAAUCGACAGAUGCACAAAGUGAUUAUGAAUGCGGCGAAGGAGAAAUUCCGCGUGAUGUUCAAUCGUCCGAUGAACGCAUUCAAGAGCGGCAUCGGAUGGAUUGCCAACCAGACAAGACUGCCGCAAGCACGGCCCAGAAGAUUUGCGAAUUUCCAUGAACAAUUCUAUUGA